AUACUCUGUCGUAUCACUGAUGGUAACUCAUAACUUCACUUCCAACGUUCGGUAGCUGGCGACUUGACGUGACGUGACUGACAGUGUGAACACACCCUGUUCAUGACGGUGCUGUGACGUGAUAUGACGUGACGGUCAGCGUAAAUUCGUCUUUAUGCAGAACAAUAUGAUUUUUGACAACUCUAGAGGCAACAUAAACUUGCAUGUUGCGCACAACUUUUAGCAAAGAUAUGCGAAAGCUUUGUAUGUCUACAAAGAUCAUAGAUUAUGCAGAUACCUCUGUUGGUUUUCAGUCAGCUGUUUAUGUCAGAGCAUGAAGAGUUUAGUCUGUUUAUAUACUGUUUGAUACGUGAACUGUGAAGUUUUGUUUUGAUGUGUAGAAGUGAGUGACUGACUUACACAGUGGUUGAAAGAAGAUUUUUUUUCAUUUUUAUUCGUAUCCGUUUUGUGUGAAAUGUGAAAGGAUUCGUAGUAAUGAUUCGGUUUCUGGAAGAUGUGAGGAUGGGUAUUGUAGACCCUAAAUCUUUUGUCUCUGUUGAAACCACCAAGAGAUCAUACAAUCUCCAACUCAGCAGGCACAGGGACGUAGAAAAUGCCCAUACAGCAGGUGUCAAUUCCCUAGAUGUCGAUGCUGUACAGGGCAAAUACCUUAUAUCAGGAUCGGCUGAUGGGACCAUUCAUUUUUACGAUUUGUUUAAUUAUAGUGGCUUACCACACUUUACUUCAAAGUUGGUGUACAAAAUUAGCAGAAAGAACAAAAAUGCCCAUAAGCAUAGUAUAGAAUGUGUUCAGUGGUAUCCUUUCGACGCUGGAAUAUUUCUGACAAGUGGUAUGGACAAGCAGCUCAAAGUAUGGGAUACCAGUUGUAUGACUCCGGCGGAUUUAUUUCGUUUUGAAGGCAAGGUCUUUCAGCACCAUAUGUCGUCCGUGGGCUCCGGCACGAAGCUCAUUGCAGUGGCAACGUCCAUCAAUCAGGCGAUACUUGUUGAUUUAGUUUCUGGUUCAUACACCCAUGAAUUAAGGGGACAUACAAGUGCAAUACUGAGCUGCCGCUGGUCUCCAAGAGAAGAACAUGUUUUAGCUACAGCGAGCUGUGAUAACAAGAUCAUUUUAUGGGAUGUACGAGCAGCGAAAAGCUGUUUGAUGGUAUUGGAUCAACAUAAUGGUAAAGGGCGAUCAAGCAAAGAAAACUCGGAUACUCAUACAGCACAUGAUGGUUACGUCAAUGGUUUAUGUUUCACAUCAGAUGGUCUUUUUCUUUUGUCUCUGGGUACUGACAACAAAAUGCGUCUGUGGAAUACAUAUAAUGGCAAAAAUGAAAGAGUUAAUUUUGGAUCAAUUUCAAGUGAAACCAAGAAGUGUGUCCAGUUUGAUGUUGCCAAAAUUUCAAAUCCUCGACUGGUCUAUGUCCCAUCAGACGGCAAUAUUUUUGUGUAUGAAAUAGAAACAGGUGUGAAAGUGAGCACAUUAUCUGGCCAUUAUAAUUGUGUGAACUGUUGUGUCUAUCAUCCUCAUUUCCAUGAACUGUAUAGUGGAGGUAAUGAUAGAAAUGUUCUGAUCUGGACUGCAGAUCAUUGUCAGGAUUCAGCAUAUGACGAGUACCUAAAAUCACAGAGCAGUAAGACUGAUUCUUCUGACAGGCGAAGAAUAAUACCUCAUAGGAAUGUCACUGUGGAUACGUGGAGCAGUGAUGAAGAUUAAUUAGUUAGCUACAAGAAACAAACACUUGGUAAACGUAAGGUACAUCAAACGGAAUUAUAGUAGCACCUGCAGUUUUAGUCACAUUUAUGUAUACUUUUUUUGUUCAUAUCUCUAAAAAAAGAGAUGAAUGGCUGUGAUGAAGUAUUUGAAUGCCCUCUUUCCAUUUUUUUUAAAAAAAAGAAAACAUUGUAUUCCUUAUUGAAUGCUUUGUAUUUAUGUUUUAUACAUAUAUUAUUAAUUAAUUAAUUUACCUUGUAAAAAGUGUACAAGACAUAUUUAUUGAAGCUUAGUAAAAUUUUCAUAUACCUGU